CAGACCAAAACAUUCCCGAAGCAUCUACAAAACACAAAUACCCACACACACUAGAAAAUCAAACGCACACACAAAGAUACAUUUGAUUGAAUCAAAACCCUCAGAAUCUCAAACCCAAAAAUCCCCAAAUGCAUCCACACAAGAACCCUAACCCUAACCCUAAUUCAUCCUCCAUCACCGACUCCGAUCUCCCCCUCCUUGCUUCAAUCAAAGUCAAAUCAUCAUCUCCUCGCUUCCCCCCACCGACCACUCCUCACGCCACCGAAACUCCCACCGCCAACGCCCAGCGCAAGAUCGGCAUCGCCGUCGAUCUCUCCGACGAGUCCGCCUUCGCCGUCAAAUGGUCCGUCCAUCACUACCUCCGCCCCGGCGACGCCGUGAUUCUCCUCCACGUCCGCCCUACUUCCGUGCUCUACGGUGCCGAUUGGGGCUCCGUUGACUUGACCUUGACUGAUGAGACUUCUCAGCAGAAACUCGAGGAUGAUUUCGAUACUUUCACUACUACUAAGUCUGCGGAUGUGGCGCAGCCGUUGGUUGAUGCGAAGAUCCCGUUCAAGAUACAUAUUGUGAAGGAUCACGAUAUGAAGGAGCGGUUGUGUCUGGAAGUUGAGAGGUUAGGGUUGAGUGCUGUUAUUAUGGGGAGCCGAGGUUUCGGGGCCACGAAACGAGGGAGUGAUGGGAGGUUGGGGAGUGUUAGUGAUUAUUGUGUGAGGCACUGUGUUUGUCCUGUUGUUGUCGUUAGGUAUCCUGAUGAGAAGGAUGAUGCUGCCGCUGCUCAGGAGCCGGUUGUUUCUGUCGCAUCUGCUAUGGAUGAGGAUGAGGAUAAUGCUGAUCGGGAUGUUGAGGAAGCUGGAAAAGAUACAGAAGUCACCUCCAAACAGGGAGUGUAGGAGUUGCUUCAGACUUUGACUAAAUGGAAGUUAUUUCAGAUUUAUUUAGAUGUUUCUGUUAGGUGGGUUGUGUUAUAUUUAUAUGUGCCAGUGGCUUGUCCUUGUGCUUUAGUUCCCACACGUUUCAGUGCAAAUGUUUCCGUAGUUCAUGACUACUGGAAAUAUAUUUACCACUGUCCUGUGAUAAACUUUAAAUGUUUUUAUACCUAUUAACGAUUGAUGAUAUUUGGCUGUGGUUUAUGUAUCAUGCUUUAUUGCAUAAUCUCUUUUUAUAUGGUAAUCAUGUUUUAUAGUA